AACCAUUGACAUCCAAGAACUUGCAGACACAAACUCAUAAACUAACACGCAAAAGAAACUUUUAUGUAUAUAUUCAUUCAUUCACAUACAUUCAUUAUCUCAUCACCCUCUUUUCUUAAGUUAAAAUGCAUCUCGCUUUAAUUAAAACUCAACCAAUCUCUCCCUCUUACCGUUGACUUUCCAAAUCUUUAACCCCCAAAUAACCACUGGCUUUGCUUCACCAAUGGCUGACCAAACCACCUCUAUCUUCUCCAUUUUGGAAAGAAUAGGUUCUCUUCCCAUUAUCACCCAAGAUGAUGAAUAGCACAACUGGCACCGGGGGGAUCUUGGGUUCCGGUGACAUCGGGAGCUUCGGCUAUGCCAUCGGGGUUUCAGUCGGAAUUCUUUUGCUCAUCACAACCAUCACCCUGGCUUCAUACUGCUGCAGCCGGGCUCACUCACCUGCGACAGCCCCAAUGGCUCGGAGGGUUAUUAGGGAGCCACUUGAACAACAAGAUUGCGUUGUUCAUGUGGGGCUAGAUGAGGCCACCCUAUUGAAUUACCCAAAGCUGCUUUACUCAGAAGCCAAGCUCAAGAACAAGGGUUCUACUGCUUUGUGCUGUUCCAUAUGCUUGGCGGAUUACAAGAGCAGCGAUAUGCUCCGGCUGCUGCCUGAUUGCGGCCACCUCUUCCACCUCAAAUGCGUUGACCCCUGGUUGCGGCUGCACUCGACAUGUCCGGUCUGCAGAACCUCCCCAAUUCCAACGCCUCUUUCAACUCCUUUGGCUGAGGUGGUUCCCCUGGCAAGCAGACGAGAUUGAUGAUCAGUUUGGAAUUUAGAGAUUGCUCAGCAUUCACAAUCUGCUUGUCUUUCAUCCUUUGCACACUCAACUCUGUAAAAUUUUGGCAAUUACUGGAACUCCCACUUGUUGAAACAGAUGUUUUAUAAUGAAAUUUCUAUAUUUUUUGUGAAA